AUGUUAGGCACUUUACGUUACAAACACGCCGUACGUAUAUGAGAUCUAAAUGUGACGUUCGAUGUUCCGAUUCCUUUUACCGAGCUCUUGAUAUACGAAGAAAACUUGCAAGAUCCGCUUAAAGACUUCAAAAUUCCGCAGAGGGACCAGCAUAGUAUAACUGAUUACAUAAGACGACGAUAUCGAACUAGAUAGAAUCCAGAGUCCUUGCUUGGCCCUAUAGAGCGUGCAAGCCAAAGCUUUUUAAUCUUCCAUCUGAAAGACAAUGCAAACUCAGGAAGAGCUUGUUGUGGAUGCGGAAAUGGAUUGUGUAACUUCCAAUCCAGCAAAUUCUGUUGAUGAUUGGGCCAACUUCAGAGAUGAUGAUAUAAUGCACCAGCAAACUGCAAUCUUUGCUGAAGAAGCUGAGAAAAUACCAUUUGUUGGGGACAAGGAACCUCUCUCAACAUUAGCUGCUGAGUAUCAAUCAGGCAGCCCUGUCUUGCAGGAAAAAAUUAAGAUUCUCGGUGAACAAUACUCUGCAAUAAGGCGAACUCGGGGUGACGGCAACUGCUUCUUUCGUAGCUUUAUGUUUUCAUACCUGGAGCAUAUUCUAGAAUCACAGGACAAAGCAGAAGUUGACCGUAUCACUGCAAACGUGGAAGAAUGCCAAAAAACACUUCAGAGAUUGGGAUAUGCUGACUUCACCUUUGAGGAUUUUUUUACGUUAUUCCUCGAGCAGCUUGAGAGUGUCCAUCAAGGAAAUGAAUCCUCCAUAAGUCAUGAUGAGCUUGUGAGGAGGAGCCGAGAUCAAGCAAUUUCUGACUAUGUUGUAAUGUUCUUUAGAUUUGUCACCUCUGGUGAGAUACGAAGGCGUUUCGACUUUUUUGAACCAUUUAUUAUGGGCUUAACAAAUGCAUCAGUCGAGCAGUUUUGCAAGACAUCUGUGGAACCAAUGGGAGAAGAGAGCGAUCACGUGCACAUCACUGCCUUGUCAGAUGCUCUGGGUGUGCCAAUACGUGUGAUGUACCUUGACCGCAGUUCCUGUGAUACUGGUGGUGUCAGUGUGAAUCAUCAUGAUUUCAUUCCUGUUAGUGAUCCACAGGCUCUCGCUGCAGCGGGUUCUGGCACCAUGAAACCCUUCAUAACUUUGCUCUACCGACCUGGCCACUACGACAUUCUCUACUCCAGAUGACUUUGUCAUUAAGUACGCCAAAGACCCAUUGUCAUGCAUGGAAGGGAGAUGACGUUGAAAUCUUGCUCUGGGACUAGUGGUUCGACUUGUUGACAAGCUUCUGAUUCAUAUAAAUGGAACCAAAAUGUAAUAGAAUCCAAAAACGUGGGAUGGUUUUAGUCUGCAAUACAAUAUUGCAUGAAUUUCUGAUCAUUCUAGUCUACUGGAAUGUACUCUACACCUCCAGCUAAUUCAAGUUUGCAUUGAAACUGU